AUGAUGGCGGAGACUGAAGGAUCAUUGCCCGAUGAUCGAGAAGUGAUCGGCCGCGCCGGUGGUUGCGGGACUAAGUCUCCGUGGAAAACAACGGCUUCUCCCGCCGAGACCGUCGACGCUCCGGUAAUGGGUGCUCACUCUUGGCCAGCUCUCGCCGACGCGCAACAGCCGCGUCCCAAGAACCCUCCGGCCGCCGCUCCGCCGUCUAAAACCAUUCCGACCUCAGUCCCAACCCCCGCUCAGGCUGUAGCUGGUCAAGCGAAAUCGAAGGGUGGUGGUGGUGGAGGAAAGGCUAAUCCUGCACACAAGAAUCCAUCAGGACGUCACUCAAAACCAGGCACAAAGAGCAACCAAAACGCUCCUCCUCCUCCUCCGCCUCCUCCUUACCUCGUGCACGGUCUACCUUUUCAUCCAAAUCCCUUUCCACCAAUGGGGCCUCUGCCACAUGCUACUGGUCCUUAUCCUCCGUUCCCGAUUCAUGGAGCUGCUCCAGUUGCAGAGUCUGGCAGUGAGAAGCAAGUUCAAGCUUCCACUCUUCCACCUGUCCUGCCAGCUCCUCCUCAAGGAGAAUCUGGACAGCCUUGGCAGCACCAGAGGGGUUUUGACCCCAGAAACAUGCCACAGGGCGCUGGACCAAGGAAUUUCAUGAGACCUCCUCCAUACAUGGGGCAAGCUCCCGGGUUCCUGGUUGGUCCAGGUCCAGGCUUUCCAGGGCCUGUAUACUACAUGCCGGGUCCACCACCCCCUGGUGCUAUCAGAGGUUAUCCUCCACGCUUUGGUCCAUACCCUCUACACCAGGGUCCUUCAGCACUAUCUCCAGAAAAACUUGACUUGAAGGACAGAGUCAUAAAACAAAUAGAAUAUUAUUUCAGUGAUGAAAACCUUCAGAAUGAUUCCUACCUCGUUUCCUUGAUGGAUGAACAAGGAUGGGUUCCCACAAAAAUUAUAGCCGACUUCAAAAGGGUUAAGAUGAUGACCAUGGAUGUGGAGUUUAUUGUCUAUGCGUUGGGAUUUUCUACUACUGUUGAAGUUGAGGGUGACAAGAUACGCAGGCGCGAGAUGUGGUCUAAGUGGGUUCCUGCAUCUAAAAGGUCCGCCUCUGAGGAGAAAAUUGGAGACAGUGACAAAGAAUCCUCAGAAAGUAUAACAAGCAGAGAAUAUUCUGGAAACCCUUCAAAGGGUACUUCAAAGUCUAGUGCGUUUGACUUCUCUUCAGAGGGAGCUCAGUCAUCAAGAACCGACUAUUAUGAAAGUGAUAACAUGAAAUCAUCAUCAGCCGAACAAAGAAAGGUUGAUGUCUUGUCAAACGAUUUUUCAGACACGUUCUUGCUUGAUGAGGAAAUAGAUCUGGAGCACAGAAUCCCGAGAAAGAGUGGACUUUCCAUGUCCAAAAGGAUUGAUGAUGAAGACGAUGAUAUGGCUGUUGAUGAUCAAGAUAUUCAGAAACUUGUAAUUGUUACCCAGAAUAGUGGGAGAAGUGAUGGCGCUGGAAUCAGUGGGACGAGAGCAAAAUACAUACCUAAAGAGCUUGCCUCCACAAUAAACGAUGGUCUUUACUACUAUGAGCAGGAGCUCAAAAAGAAUCGAUCUGGUCGUAGGAAGAACUCCCAUUUGGAUAGCAGUUAUGGAAAAGUAAAAGCUCCGGGAGGAUUGACCACUAAAUCAGGCGAAACUUCGGUCGCAAAUGAUGGUGGGGAAGAGAAUGGCAUCGCUAUUUCACGGAGGAAUAAAAAAAAGGGAAGCCACAAACAACAUAUGUAUCAUGCACAGAGGUUCUUCGCGGGCAAUACAAGGAACCAUGGGGCUAAUCACAAUUCUCAUGGAAGUAUGAUUUCAGAAAGUCCGCCUAGUAGCGCCAUUGGAUUUUUCUAUGGUUCUACACCACCAGACAGUCAUGGUUUUCACAGCCCCAGGCUUUCGAAGUUGAGUUCAUCGCCACAGUAUACUCUUUCUGGCAGCAGUCCACCUGUGGGCUCUUUGCCAAAAUCAUUUCCACCUUUUCAACAUCCGAGCCACAAACUGCUUGAAGAGAAUGGGUUUCAACAGCAAUUGUACAUGAAGUUUCGCAAGCGCUGCUUACAUGAAAGGAAGAAGCUGGGCAGCGGAUGCAGUGAGGAAAUGAACCAUUUGUACCGAUUUUGGUCGUUUUUCCUCAGAGGCGACUUUGAACGGUCCUUUUAUGAAGAGUUCAAGAAGUUUGCUCUUGAGGAUGCGGCUGAAAGUUACAAUUACGGGUUGGAGUGUCUCUUUAGGUUUUAUAGUUAUGGUCUAGAGAUGCACUUCAGAGAAGAAAUCUACAAGGACUUUGAGAAGAUAACACUUGACUUCUACCACAAGGGAAAUCUAUAUGGCUUGGAGAAAUAUUGGGCAUUCCACCAUUACCGAGGCCAACAAGAACCGAUAAUAACGAAGCACCCUGAGCUAGAGAAGCUGCUAAAGGAAGAAUACCGUAGCUUAGACGAUUUCCGAGCAAAGGAUGCAAUCAGCAGCCAAAGAGAGAACAAGUCUCACUAA